CAUGGUGUUUAUACCGCAUUCAGACCCUAAAGCCCACCCAGCUUAUGGAGAAACAUGGCUACCUAGGCUGACAGACCGUGUACUCACAUACGAAGAGCUCGAUACAAAGGAAAUGGCUCACGUUCGCAAAAUGGAAGCUCAAGGUGGUGCUUUCAAAGAGAAGGGACUGUACGAUUACUCGUAUCUAGUAUCGAAAUGCGCCCAGCUCAACACGCCUUAUAUCGCCAUUCUCGAAGACGACGUUCUCGCUAUGGAUGGAUGGUACCACCGCACUAUCAAUGCAUUGUUAGAUGCUGAGGACCAGUCAAUACAACGACAUGGGAAGAAAUUCUUGUAUCUCCGACUAUUUUAUACGGAGGCUUUUCUGGGUUGGAACUCGGAAGAAUGGAAGAUAUAUCUCUUCUACUCGCUCUGCUUCGCUGCCAUGCCGGCAGCAGUGGUUUCUUUCUUGCGCAUUACGAAAAUUCCGCCAAAGCUUCCGCUGCCACCAAUCAUACACCUGCGGUCAUCAGAGGUGCGUAGUGGAUACAGCUAUCGUCGCCUAGUGGCUACGUUCUACGCCCUCAUGGCGGUAUUCAUACUGCUCUUCUUCGCACUGGGGCGCGUGACUGUUCUACCUCUUCCUACUGGAGUUUACGAAAUGCCGCGGUUUGGCUGCUGCAGUCAAGCUUUUGUCUUCCCCAGGCAGAAGGCCCUUGAGCUAGUUUCAUAUUUUGCGGAAGCGAAGACUGGCUACGUGGAUGUUUUGACGGAGCGCUAUGCCGACGCGAGAAGUGAGUUGCGGUAUGCUAUCACGCCGAGCCUAUUCCAGCAUGUUGGCAAGACGAGCAGUAAGAUGGGGUCUCAAGGGCCAAUCAUCAAGGGAAAGACGUGGAGCUUUGCAUUCGAGAAGUACGAUGCAGAGAAGUUGAGGCAAGAACACGAGGCUGUGGGAACGUGGAAAGAUGUGGUGGACGAAGUACGAUAGAUCGAGUCUGCAACACUACAUACUGUAGCUAGUUAGUGCGUACAAUAGUUCAGCCAAUACAACACCCUACCGA